AUGUCACACAGCAUCAAGUCACACCGACGUCUCUGCGGCAGCACGGACACGACCACAGCAUCAAGUCACACCGACGUCUCUGCGGCAGCACGGACACGACCACGACCACAGCAUCAAGUCACACCGACGUCUCUGCGGCAGCACGGACACGACCACGACCACAGCAUCAAGUCACACCGACGUCUCUGCGGCAGCACGGACACGACCACAGCAUCAAGUCACACCGACGUCUCUGCGGCAGCACGGACACGACCACAGCAUCAAGUCACACCGACGUCUCUGCGGCAGCACGGACACGACCACGACCACAGCAUCAAGUCACACCGACGUCUCUGCGGCAGCACGGACACGACCACGACCACAGCAUCAAGUCACACCGACGUCUCUGCGGCAGCACGGACACGACCACAGCAUCAAGUCACACCGACGUCUCUGCGGCAGCACGGACACGACCACAGCAUCAAGUCACACCGACGUCUCUGCGGCAGCACGGACACGACCACGGCCACGACCACAGCAUCAAGUCACACCGACGUCUCUGCGGCAGCACGGACACGACCACGGCCACGACCACAGCAUCAAAGUCACACCGACGUCUCUGCAGCAGCACGGACACGACCACGGCCACGACCACAGCAUCAAGUCACACCGACGUCUCUGCGGCAGCACGGACACGACCACGACCACAGCAUCAAGUCACACCGACGUCUCUGCGGCAGCACGGACACGACCACGACCACAGCAUCAAGUCACACCGACGUCUCUGCGGCAGCACGGACACGACCACGACCACAGCAUCAAGUCACACCGACGUCUCUGCGGCAGCACGGACACGACCACGACCACAGCAUCAAGUCACACCGACGUCUCUGCGGCAGCACGGACACGACCACGACCACAGCAUCAAGUCACACCGACGUCUCUGCGGCAGCACGGACACGACCACGACCACGACCACAGCAUCAAGUCACACCGACGUCUCUGCGGCAGCACGGACACGACCAUGACCACAGCAUCAAGUCACACCGACGUCUCUGCGGCAGCACGGACACGACCACGACCACAGCAUCAAGUCACACCGACGUCUCUGCGGCAGCACGGACACGACCACGGCCUCGACCACAGCAUCAAGUCACACCGACGUCUCUGCGGCAGCACGGACACGACCACGACCACAGCAUCAAGUCACACCGACGUCUCUGCGGCAGCACGGACACGACCACGGCCUCGACCACAGCAUCAAGUCACACCGACGUCUCUGCGGCAGCACGGACACGACCUCGACCACAACAUCAAGUCACACCGACGUCUCUGCGGCAGCACGGACACGACCACGGCCACGACCACAGCAUCAAGUCACACCGACGUCUCUGCAGCAGCACGGACACGACCACGGCCUCGACCACAGCAUCAAGUCACACCGACGUCUCUGCGGCAGCACGGACACGACCACGACCACAGCAUCAAGUCACACCGACGUCUCUGCGGCAGCACGGACACGACCACGGCCUCGACCACAGCAUCAAGUCACACCGACGUCUCUGCGGCAGCACGGACACGACCUCGACCACAGCAUCAAGUCACACCGACGUCUCUGCGGCAGCACGGACACGACCACGACCACAGCAUCAAGUCACACCGACGUCUCUGCGGCAGCACGGACACGACCGCGACCACAGCAUCAAGUCACACCGACGACUCUGCGGCAGCACGGACACGACCACGACCUCGACCACAGCAUCAAGUCACACCGACGUCUCUGCGGCAGCACGGACACGACCACGACCACAGCAUCAAGUCACACCGACGUCUCUGCGGCAGCACGGACACGACCACAGCAUCAAGUCACACCGACGUCUCUGCGGCAGCACGGACACGACCACGGCCACGACCACAGCAUCAAGUCACACCGACGUCUCUGCAGCAGCACGGACACGACCACGGCCACGACCACAGCAUCAAGUCACACCGACGUCUCUGCGGCAGCACGGACACGACCGCGACCACAGCAUCAAGUCACACCGACGUCUCUGCGGCAGCACGGACACGACCACGACCUCGACCACAGCAUCAAGUCACACCGACGUCUCUGCGGCAGCACGGACACGACCGCGACCACAGCAUCAAGUCACACCGACGUCUCUGCGGCAGCACGGACACGACCACGACCACAGCAUCAAGUCACACCGACGUCUCUGCGGCAGCACGGACACGACCACAGCAUCAAGUCACACCGACGUCUCUGCGGCAGCACGGACACGACCACGGCCACGACCACAGCAUCAAGUCACACCGACGUCUCUGCAGCAGCACGGACACGACCACGGCCACGACCACAGCAUCAAGUCACACCGACGUCUCUGCGGCAGCACGGACACGACCACGACCACAGCAUCAAGUCACACCGACGUCUCUGCGGCAGCACGGACACGACCACGACCACAGCAUCAAGUCACACCGACGUCUCUGCGGCAGCACGGACACGACCACGACCACAGCAUCAAGUCACACCGACGACUCUGCAGCAGCACGGACACGACCACGACCACAGCAUCAAGUCACACCGACGACUCUGCGGCAGCACGGACACGACCACAGCAUCAAGUCACACCGACGUCUCUGCGGCAGCACGGACACGACCACGGCCUCGACCACAGCAUCAAGUCACACCGACGUCUCUGCGGCAGCACGGACACGACCACGGCCUCAACCACAGCAUCAAGUCACACCGACGUCUCUGCGGCAGCACGGACACGACCACGGCCUCGACCACAGCAUCAAGUCACACCGACGUCUCUGCGGCAGCACGGACACGACCACGACCACAGCAUCAAGUCACACCGACGACUCUGCGGCAGCACGGACACGACCACGACCACAGCAUCAAGUCACACCGACGUCUCUGCGGCAGCACGGACACGACCACGGCCUCGACCACAGCAUCAAGUCACACCGACGUCUCUGCGGCAGCACGGACACGACCACGGCCGCGACCACAGCAUCAAGUCACACCGACGACUCUGCGGCAGCACGGACACGACCACGGCCUCGACCACAGCAUCAAGUCACACCGACGUCUCUGCGGCAGCACGGACACGACCACGGCCACAGCAUCAAGUCACACCGACGACUCUGCGGCAGCACGGACACGACCACGACCUCGACCACAGCAUCAAGUCACACCGACGUCUCUGCGGCAGCACGGACACGGCCACGGCCUCGACCACAGCAUCAAGUCACACCGACGUCUCUGCGGCAGCACGGACACGACCACGGCCUCGACCACAGCAUCAAGUCACACCGACGUCUCUGCGGCAGCACGGACACGACCACGACCACAGCAUCAAGUCACACCGACGUCUCUGCGGCAGCACGGACACGACCGCGACCACAGCAUCAAGUCACACCGACGACUCUGCGGCAGCACGGACACGACCACGGCCUCGACCACAGCAUCAAGUCACACCGACGUCUCUGCGGCAGCACGGACACGACCGCGACCACAGCAUCAAGUCACACCGACGACUCUGCGGCAGCACGGACACGACCACGACCUCGACCACAGCAUCAAGUCACACCGACGUCUCUGCGGCAGCACGGACACGACCACGGCCACGACCACAGCAUCAAGUCACACCGACGUCUCUGCAGCAGCACGGACACGACCACGACCACGACCACAGCAUCAAGUCACACCGACGUCUCUGCGGCAGCACGGACACGGCCACGGCCACAGCAUCAAGUCACACCGACGUCUCUGCGGCAGCACGGACACGACCACGGCCUCGACCACAGCAUCAAGUCACACCGACGUCUCUGCGGCAGCACGGACACGACCACGACCACAGCAUCAAGUCACACCGACGUCUCUGCGGCAGCACGGACACGACCACGGCCUCGACCACAGCAUCAAGUCACACCGACGUCUCUGCGGCAGCACGGACACGACCACGACCACAGCAUCAAGUCACACCGACGUCUCUGCGGCAGCACGGACACGACCACGACCACAGCAUCAAGUCACACCGACGUCUCUGCGGCAGCACGGACACGACCACAGCAUCAAGUCACACCGACGUCUCUGCGGCAGCACGGACACGACCACGGCCACGACCACAGCAUCAAGUCACACCGACGUCUCUGCGGCAGCACGGACACGACCACGGCCACGACCACAGCAUCAAGUCACACCGACGACUCUGCGGCAGCACGGACACGACCACAGCAUCAAGUCACACCGACGUCUCUGCGGCAGCACGGACACGACCACGGCCUCGACCACAGCAUCAAGUCACACCGACGUCUCUGCGGCAGCACGGACACGACCACGGCCUCGACCACAGCAUCAAGUCACACCGACGUCUCUGCGGCAGCACGGACACGACCACGACCACAGCAUCAAGUCACACCGACGUCUCUGCAGCAGCACGGACACGACCACGGCCUCGACCACAGCAUCAAGUCACACCGACGUCUCUGCGGCAGCACGGACACGACCACGACCACGACCACAGCAUCAAGUCACACCGACGUCUCUGCGGCAGCACGGACACGACCACGGCCACGACCACAGCAUCAAGUCACACCGACGUCUCUGCGGCAGCACGGACACGACCACAGCAUCAAGUCACACCGACGUCUCUGCGGCAGCACGGACACGACCACGGCCUCGACCACAGCAUCAAGUCACACCGACGUCUCUGCGGCAGCACGGACACGACCACGGCCUCGACCACAGCAUCAAGUCACACCGACGUCUCUGCGGCAGCACGGACACGACCACGACCACAGCAUCAAGUCACACCGACGUCUCUGCAGCAGCACGGACACGACCACGGCCUCGACCACAGCAUCAAGUCACACCGACGUCUCUGCGGCAGCACGGACACGACCACGACCACAGCAUCAAGUCACACCGACGUCUCUGCGGCAGCACGGACACGACCACGGGCCACAGCAUCAAGUCACACCAACGUCUCUGCGGCAGCACGGACACGACCACGACCACAGCAUCAAGUCACACCGACGUCUCUGCGGCAGCACGGACACGACCACGACCGCGACCACAGCAUCAAGUCACACCGACAACUCUGCGGCAGCACGGACACGACCACGACCACAGCAUCAAGUCACACCGACGUCUCUGCGGCAGCACGGACACGACCACGACCACAGCAUCAAGUCACACCGACGUCUCUGCGGCAGCACGGCCACGGCCACAGCAUCAAGUCACACCGACGUCUCUGCGGCAGCACGGACACGACCACGGCCACGACCACAGCAUCAAGUCACACCGACGACUCUGCGGCAGCACGGACACGACCACGGCCACAGCAUCAAGUCACACCGACGUCUCUGCGGCAGCACGGACACGACCACGGCCUCGACCACAGCAUCAAGUCACACCGACGUCUCUGCGGCAGCACGGACACGACCACGACCACGACCACAGCAUCAAGUCACACCGACGUCUCUGCAGCAGCACGGACACGACCACGGCCUCGACCACAGCAUCAAGUCACACCGACGUCUCUGCGGCAGCACGGACACGACCACGACCACGACCACAGCAUCAAGUCACACCGACGUCUCUGCGGCAGCACGGACACGACCACGGCCACGACCACAGCAUCAAGUCACACCGACGUCUCUGCGGCAGCACGGACACGACCACAGCAUCAAGUCACACCGACGUCUCUGCGGCAGCACGGACACGACCACGGCCUCGACCACAGCAUCAAGUCACACCGACGUCUCUGCGGCAGCACGGACACGACCACGGCCUCAACCACAGCAUCAAGUCACACCGACGUCUCUGCGGCAGCACGGACACGACCACGGCCUCGACCACAGCAUCAAGUCACACCGACGUCUCUGCGGCAGCACGGACACGACCACGGCCUCGACCACAGCAUCAAGUCACACCGACGUCUCUGCGGCAGCACGGACACGACCACGGCCUCGACCACAGCAUCAAGUCACACCGACGUCUCUGCGGCAGCACGGACACGACCACGGCCUCGACCACAGCAUCAAGUCACACCGACGUCUCUGCGGCAGCACGGACACGACCACGGCCUCGACCACAGCAUCAAGUCACACCGACGUCUCUGCGGCAGCACGGACACGACCACGACCACAGCAUCAAGUCACACCGACGUCUCUGCAGCAGCACGGACACGACCACGGCCUCGACCACAGCAUCAAGUCACACCGACGUCUCUGCGGCAGCACGGACACGACCACGACCACAGCAUCAAGUCACACCGACGUCUCUGCGGCAGCACGGACACGACCACGACCACAGCAUCAAGUCACACCGACGUCUCUGCGGCAGCACGGACACGACCACGACCACAGCAUCAAGUCACACCGACGUCUCUGCGGCAGCACGGACACGACCACGACCACAGCAUCAAGUCACACCGACGUCUCUGCGGCAGCACGACCACGACCACGACCACAGCAUCAAGUCACACCGACGUCUCUGCGGCAGCACGGACACGACCACGACCACAACAUCAAGUCACACCGACGUCUCUGCGGCAGCACGGACACGACCACGACCUCGACCACAGCAUCAAGUCACACCAACGUCUCUGCGGCAGCACGGACACGACCACGACCACAGCAUCAAGUCACACCGACGUCUCUGCGGCAGCACGGACACGACCACGACCUCGACCACAGCAUCAAGUCACACCGACGUCUCUGCGGCAGCACGGACACGACCACGACCACAGCAUCAAGUCACACCGACGUCUCUGCGGCAGCACGGACACGACCACGACCACAGCAUCAAGUCACACCGACGUCUCUGCGGCAGCACGGACACAACCACGACCACAACAUCAAGUCACACCGACGUCUCUGCGGCAGCACGGACACGACCACGACCACAGCAUCAAGUCACACCGACGUCUCUGCGGCAGCACGGACACGACCACGACCACGACCACACCACAGCAUCAAGUCACACCGACGUCUCUGCGGCAGCACGGACACGACCACGACCACAGCAUCAAGUCACACCGACGUCUCUGCAGCAGCACGGACACGACCACGACCUCGACCACAGCAUCAAGUCACACCGACGUCUCUGCGGCAGCACGGACACGACCACGGCCUCGACCACAGCAUCAAGUCACACCGACGUCUCUGCGGCAGCACGGACACGACCACGGCCACGACCACAGCAUCAAGUCACACCGACGUCUCUGCGGCAGCACGGACACAAUCACAGCUAUGACCACAACCACAGCAACAUCUACGACCAAAAUCAUAGACUGUCACAGCGUGUCUCAGUGUGUGUAG